UCCUCCCGUCAGAAUGGCAAUGUUGCAAUUCAAAGACGCUUUCUGGGGCCUAGAUUUCACAAGUCACCAAGGCUAUGAGGCCCUCAUUCAGAGGCUGUGUGACGGCAGGCGGAUGUGCAAGGACAUGGAGGACCUGUUGAAGCUGAGAGCUCAGGCUGAGGAGAAGUACGGGAAGGAGCUGGUGAUGAUAGCGCGGAGGGUGGGGGGCCAGACAGAGAUCAGCACGCUAAGGACAUCCUUUGACCAGUUGAAAGCACAAAUCGAGAACGUCGGGAAUCUGCACAUCCAGCUGUCUGCGACGCUGAGAGAGGAGGUGAAAAGGAUCGAGGUGUUCCGGGAGCACCAGAAAGAGCAGCGGAAAAAGUUUGAAGGAAUUAUGGAGAAAGUUCAGAAGAGCAAAGUGGCCCUGUACAAAAAGACCAUGGAGUCUAAGAAGUCCUAUGAGCAGAAGUGCAGGGAGGCAGACGAGGCAGAGCAAGCUGCUGAAAGGGUUAACAGCACGACCUCUGUCACGCCAAAGCAGUGUGAGAAGGUGCAGAACAAGGCCAGGCUGUGCCGCGACGCAGCUAGCGAGGCUGAAAAGCAGUACAUGGCUAAUAUUGAGCAGCUGGACAAGGUUCGCCAGGACUGGGAGAGCACGCACAGGAGCACAUGUGAGGUCUUUCAGCAGCAGGAAGGUGACCGCAUCGGCAUCUUGAGGAACACCAUUUGGGUCCACUGUAACCACUUCUCAAUGCAGUGUGUCAAAGAUGACGAGCUUUACGAAGAAGUCAGGAAAACCCUAGAACUCUGUGACAUCGACGUAGAUAACAAGUGCUUCAUUGAGAUGAAGAUGACGGGUUCCAGUCCACCAGCUCCUAUCAUGUUUGAGAAUUACUACGAGAGGGAAACAGCCGCUGAAAGCAAUGGGACAGCCCGAUUCGGAGGAGGAGGAGGCGUGAUGAAGCGGUUUUCCAAUCUAUUGCAAGGGACCUACAGUGGAUCAAGGAUGAACGUCAAUGACUCUUCACAGCAAACACCACCAUCUAGUGGUGACCACUCGGACAACGUGUAUGCAUCCAUACCUGGCCUCCCUCAGGGGACACACAGGAGCUCAGCAACGGAGGCGGAAUACAGAGUGCUUUACGACUACACUGCCCAGAGUACAGAUGAGCUGACCAUAUUGGCGGGCGAUGUCGUCAUGGUGACAGAGCAAAGCGAGGAUGGCUGGUGGAUGGUGGACAGGAACGGAGAGGCCGGAUUGGUUCCCGGCUCAUACCUGACCAAAGCCUGAGCUUACACACAUUAUUCACGCACAAACACGCAUGCACACAUACACAGCAUUAGAUGUCCGCCAUACACAGAACUGUCCGCCAUACUUCAUUCAUUCCUGGUGGUGUUACAGACAAUGAGAUUGUAGUGAGAGGCUGUUUUACAUGAGUUGAGAGACCCCCUCCCCCCAAA